AUGCCAGGCAGAGAAGAAAACUUCCAAGACAAGGCUCACAAAUUUGACCAACAUUCUAAGCAGCUGGCCAACACAGCCAGGUUGGUGGCAGCGGCGGGUGCAGGGGACAACAAAAGGCAAGUGGAGGCCAUCAAUUCCACUUCUCAGCAGAUCAAUGAUCUCACACCCCAGGUGAUCCAGGCAGCCAAGGUUGUCCUCCUGAACCCCCAGAACCAGGCAGCCCAGGAAAACUUUGACCUCAUGAAGAAACAAUGGACAGACAAUAUGGAGAAACUGAGAGGGCUGGUAGAUGAGGCUACAGACACUGUGGCACUGAUCAAAGCAGCAGAGGAAGGCAUUCUCAGAGACACAGAGAAGACUGAGAGUGCCAUCAAGAGGGGAGAUGCCCAAGGCAUAGUUAGUAACACUUCAAACAUAGCUCGUCUGGCAAACCGUGUGGUACAGGCUGGCGAAAAAGAGGCAGAAAACAGUGAAGACCCUGCAUAUGUGCAGAAAGUUGGCUCUGCCACUGAAAACCUUAAGGCCAGCAUAGCCCCCAUGGUGAGGGAUGCUAAGAUUUUAGCCUCCAAUCCCAGAGAUCCCAGUGCUGCAAACAAUUGGAGGGCCUCAAACAAUAGGCUAAUAGAUGGCGUGCAGGGUGUUCGUGGCGUGGUCGAAGAGGCAGAAUUCCCUCCUCCUCCAGAUCUGAGUCAACUCCGUCUAGAAUCUCCAAUACUAGCAGACCCAGAGUUCAUGAAAAUAUUUAACCUGGAUCCAGAAAGAGUUUACUUUGGUUCUGGCGGCCAUGAUGUACCAGAUCAUAGCAAUGUAACACAAGAUUUUGCUUUAACAGCAACACCAGUACAGCCGCUUUAUGCACAACGUUAUCAAGUGUAUCCCAAGUCAGACCCGAGACCUGAUCCUGAUUCCCACGAAAUCACUAACAAUAACAUAGAUGAUGCACAUAACAUUGUUACUGACAGUAACAGCAUGGUUGAUCAUGAAAACAUCAGUGUGUCUGAUACUGAUGAUGAAGUUGCAGCUGUUGCUGCUGUUGGAGAUGCCACCGCUAACAGUGAUGCAAAUGGAAUCCCUGAUGAGGGUGCUCCCAACUAUGGUUCCCAGUAUCCACCGCCGCCUCCACCUCUUCCGUCUUCCAUGCUGCAGAGAGAAGCACCUCCCCCUCCACCACCACCACCACCUCCAUCAAAACCCAGGGAAGCACCUCCUUCUCCCUCAUUUCGGAAGCCUGGUCCUCCUGUAGCUCCUAAACCUCCGGGACCACAACAGCUUCACAGAGAUCUUCUCGAUGAGCUUAUGAAGAGAGUCAGGUCACAUCCCCUGUCUCCCACAGCUGAUAGGAGACGCCAGCCAUAUCAGGAUCCAGAUGUACUAACUAAUUACAUUAGGCGACCUACAUCUCCCCCAGCACACCAAAGGCGUCCUAUGUCACCCCCUGCACAUUUUAGGCCUCCAACGUCACCACCUCCAGGUAGACGUCCCAUGUCACCACCUCCAAUAGUUAGACGUCCUAUGUCACCUCCGCCUGCUGUGUUCAGACAGGCCAGGUCACCACCACCUGUACCUCCUAAACCCAUGACACCACCAGUGGUGCGAAGGCAGUGGGUGCCUUCACCACCACCACCGUCACCGCCACAGGCACUACGGGCGCCACAAGCAAGGCAGGCACCCCAGGCACAAUCCUUCCCACAGUCUUUAACACAGAGGCCAGGCUCUCCCACUCUUCAUGUUAUAAAGAGAACAGAUGCCCCUCCCAGACCUCCCCUACCACAAGAGAGCGUGCCCCCAAGACCACCUCCUCCAGAGACAGAUGAUGAGGAUGAGGAGACGUUUGAGAGACGUUAUCCAGAGCCCCAAGCCAAUCAGCCAAUUAUGAUGGCUGCCCAUGCUCUACAUAGGGAAGUCAAACAAUGGUCCAGUAAAGACAAUGAGAUUAUCGCUGCAGCUAAAAGGAUGGCAAUGCUUAUGGCGAAGCUCUCUCAGCUUGUCAGAGGUGAUGGAGGGUCCAAGAAGGAGCUGAUAGCUACAGCUAAGCAGAUUUCAGAGGCCUCCGAGGAGGUGACUAAGCUAGCUAAGAAACUAGCCCAGGAGUGCACAGACAAGAAGAUGAGAACAAAUCUCCUCCAAGUGUGUGAGAGAAUCCCCACCAUAGGUACCCAGCUGAAGAUCCUGUCCACUGUAAAAGCUACCAUGUUAGGAGCACAAGAACCAAUUGCAGCUCCAGAUGGGAGUGAGAUAGCUUGUGGUUCAGAAGAAGACCAGGAAGCCACAGAGAUGCUGGUGGGCAAUGCACAGAACCUCAUGCAAGCUGUGCGCGAAACAGUGCGUGCUGCUGAGGCUGCCUCCAUUAAGAUACGUGUUGAUUCUGGCUACUCCAUGCGCUGGGUACGACGCAGUCCAUGGUAUGCAACGUAAGAAACGAAAUUGAGGGUCUCACUGAUUGCUGUUGGACCUUGGCUGGAAAGACAUUUGACUGAUGCACCAAUUUAGAACUGCUGUAGACAAUGGUUGGAAUGAUAGAGUUUCUGUAGAUAUUUUAGAAUUCUACCUUGUAGUAAAGGAGAAUGAUAUGUGAUUAUAUUAUAUUAUAUUUUAUUGCCUACAAGUGCAUAUACAUACUGUCUUAUAUACAAGGGCCAUUUGAUAUAAUUUUUUAAAAUGUUGAUUAAAAUCUGGUUUUCAGAUGUUAAUUGGAGCAUAAUUUUAUGCAAGCUUUCUGUAUCUAACUAUAUAUAUGCAAAAUACUGAAAAUAGUAUUUUAUAUGUUAACGGUAAGAAAAAAAGCCAUUUGUACUUUAGGGUAAAAUCAUUAGAAGAAAAGUCUCACUCUAAAAAGAAUAAUUGAAUUUAAAUGGACAGGUGAUUAUAUAAAGAAGACUUGGGUGAGGAUGUGUUUUGUGCUUUCAUUCGUGCACAAUGGUCCAUUGGGAAGUUAAUUAAAUUGUAUCCAUUAAAUUUUCAACUGUUGGCAGCCAAAGGUAACAAGUUGAAGGUUGGCAAGUUCUUGGUCUUCGAGGUAAUAGAACAUGUGUUGCUAUAUGGUGUAAAAGUACAUUUACUGCUAAAAAAGGAUAUUAAUCGGCCAAAGGCUAUAUACUAUGUGGAAUAAUGACAUGUAACUGCCUAACAUAUCUUAAGAUGUAUUGGUCUACCAGCUAGUCACUGCUUUCAUAUUUAUGUGGUUUAAUUACAAAAGAUAGAAUAGCAAGCUUUAGGAAAUAUAACAUUUUCUUUCAGUGGUCUUCCAAGCUUUGGUUUCUUCUGUAAUUGUGUCUGAAGUAGCCAUCUAAUUGAAUUGUAUAAUGAUCACUAGGAAGUGAUAAAAAGUCAAUGAGAGGA